AUUGUCAUCAUCCCGUUCGUUUAGUAAACAUAUACGGAGCACGGAAUGGCAAGCAUGCGGACUUUGCCUAGCUCAACCGUUUAUAGGGCGUUCGACGGUGAAUGUUUGGCUGGUUUGCCCUGGCCCAUCGAACCUCGGGACCUCGGAUCCCCGCAGAGCCCGCUCCAAGGGCCGUUUCACUCGGAGCGUUUUACUGUAAUUAUGGCAUAAAUACUUCCGGACAACUCGAAGUUCGCUGAAGAGAAGAGAUUAGGCCCUGCCAUAGAGAUCAUUGCAAAACUUAUCUCUCGAGAUACUUUGAUCCCUCUAAUCUUUCCCGAGAAAUAACACAUUCAUCCUCCAACAUGGGCAAACGAGCCGCUUCUCCCGCCUAUAUCCUGGGCGUGGGCAUGACGAAAUUCAUUAAGCCCCGCGGAAAGGUUGACUACACUGAGCUUGGUUUCGAAGCCGGCGUCAAGGCAAUGCUGGAUGCCCACAUCACAUAUGAUGAGGUCGAUCAGGGAGUCGCUUGCUACUGCUACGGCGACAGCACAUGCGGUCAGCGUGUUUUCUAUCAAUUCGGCUUGACAAAGAUCCCAAUCUACAAUGUGAACAACAAUUGCUCCACGGGUUCCACAGGUCUCGCGAUGGCUAGGACAAUGGUCUCUCACGGUGCUGCUGACUGCGUUCUUGUGGUUGGAUUCGAGAAAAUGAACCCUGGAAGCUUGCAGUCGCAUUUCCAGGAUCGUGCAAACCCUACUGGCCAAUUCGGUGCCAUGAUGGCUGCCACAAGAGGUGUUACCAAUGCGCCAGGGGCCGCCCAGAUGUUUGGUAAUGCUGGACGAGAGUAUAUGGAAAAGUAUGGCGCUAAGCCCGAGGACUUUGCCGAGAUUGGCCGCAUCAACCACGAGCACUCAAAGCGCAACCCCUACUCUCAAUUCACCGAUGAAUAUACUCUUGAACAGGUCAUGAAGGCCCCGAUGAUCCACCAUCCCUUGACCAAACUCCAAUGUUGCCCUACCUCCGAUGGCGGUGCUGCUGCCGUCGUCGUCUCCCAAGCUUUCCUUGAUGCUCGUCCACAUCUUAAGGACCAAGCCAUCCUGAUUGCCGGUCAGUGCCUUGCUACCGAUGCACCUUCAGUUUACAACCGAAGCUCCAUUAGCCUCAUGGGUUUCGAUAUGGGCCGACAUGCUUGCCAGACCGCCUGCGAAGAGGCGAACGUCAAUGUUAAGGAUAUCAAAGUCUGCGAACUGCAUGACUGUUUUUCUGCCAACGAGAUGAUCACCAUUGAUGCCCUAGAACUAUCCGAUCCCGGAAAGGCUCAUGAGAUGGUUCGCCGCGGAGACAUCACAUACGGUGGCAAGAUGGUCAUCAAUCCCUCUGGCGGACUCAUCUCCAAGGGCCACCCGUUAGGAGCUACUGGUAUUGCUCAAUGUGCGGAGCUUACCUGGCACCUCCGUGGAUGGGCCAAUAACCGCAUGGUAAAGGGUACCGAUUCCGCUCUCCAGCAUAACCUUGGACUAGGUGGAGCUGUUGUUGUUACUGUCUAUAAGCGCGCCGACGGCAAGGUUGCCGAAGCAGUUUCGAACGAAGAAGUCGGAAGGAAGAAUGGCCUUGGAUAUAACCCUGCAGUGGAAGCUAAGGGUUUCACAGUGGAACAAAUGAACAGAGUCCUUAGUAAGGAGCAUAGAAAUGAUUGGGCUAUGGCGGACACAUCGGAGAAGGUCUUGGCUCGCUUCUAAGACCCUUUACUCACCUUUGCAACUGUGUACUACAUGUGUACAUCCAUGGAGUAACGAUAUGUGUUGUGCCUCUGUAAUUACCUGGAUGCUUUGAUGAACUUGCGCGCAAUGGAUAUCAAAUCAAACACUUUCUCAAGGCCAAAA